AUGGUUCCUAGGAAGCCAGCAGGAGUUGUUGUUGGGCGCAGUAGUGCUUGUGAUAUUCGUCUUGGAGGAGCAGACGUGUCGUCAAAGCAUUGCCAGUUCUCGUUAUCGAGUAACAACAAGAAAGAGUACCUUCUACUUACAGAUAUGAGCUCGAACGGGACGGCUGUGAACAAUGAAGUGUUGGGGAAGGGUUCUACUGCUCUCCUUCGCAGUGGCGAUAAGAUUACUUUUGCUAAGAGCGGGUCUUAUAUCUUCAGGUACGUGAGUGAUGAACAGGAGAACCUGAUCCAGAAAUCGUUCUUUGACGAUUACAUUCUUUUGAACCAGCUAGGAAGUGGCCACUAUGCUGUGGUGAAGGAGGCGAGAGAUAGAACCACGGGGACAUUUAAGACAUCUGGUCUGGGAAGCUCCGAAGAGGAUGCCAAACUUAAGCAAGAAAUGGCUCUUCUUCUUUCUAUUAACCAUCCAAAUAUCGUGAGGUUUAUUUCACAUUACGUGGAGCCCAUCAAUGCCUUUUCCUCGACAACAUACUUGGUUCUUGAAAAGGUCAAUAACGGUGAGCUCUUCCAGCGCAUCGUAGACAAGCAGAAGCUUCGACAAAGCGAGACACGAGCUAUUUUCAAGCAGCUCCUUCAAGGCUUGCACUACCUCCACGAGCGUAAUAUCAUUCAUAGAGAUAUUAAGCCAGAAAAUAUCCUUCUAGACAUUACUCCGAAGACUUCGGAUAGACAAGACCCCACGGGGCCAUGGGACGAUAACGAGUACGACGUACGCGUCAAGAUUGCAGAUUUUGGGUUGGCCAAGUUCAUUGGAGAGCUCAAGUUUACGAAUACGCUCUGUGGUACACCAGCGUACGUUGCACCUGAAGUCUUGAACAAUAAUAGAAACUACUCUACGAAAGUCGAUAUUUGGCUGGCGGGUGUUUUACUAUAUGUUUGUCUCUGUGGCUUCCCGCCAUUUAGUGACGAGCUAGGCCCUCCCAACAUGAGAGAGCAAAUUAUAGAAGGAAAGUAUGCUUUCUAUUCGCCUUUCUGGGAUGACAUUAACGACAGCGCUCUUGAUUUGAUCAGCAGCCUUCUUGUGGUUGAUCCAUCAGAGCGGUUCGAUAUUUUACAGACAUGUAAUCAUUAUUGGUUCCAAGAAGAAGACGAAGUUUGUGCCCAAAAGACCUCCUGUUCGGAAUAA